GUGGGUAAACCAGAAGAUAGCAGAUUACAUUUUAAGUAGAUAAUGAACUAUCUGUUAAAAUAUAAAGUGGAUGAACAAUCGAAUAGGCCCACAAUCUGUAAUCCAAACUCUGAACUACAAUAAACUAAAAUAAGGUGCUUUGUGAGGAACAAAUCCUGUUCAGUAAACCAGAAACUGUAUUCCUAUCAAGAGUGCAAGGCUGGUUUUGGAAGAACUGCUUCCUGGAGACACCGUCCAUGCAUGUUGUUAGUCAGGUGAAUUCUUUCCAGGCCACGCCCUCUUCAGGAUACUGAAAGCCACCCCCUGCACCCCCACCACCGAGCAUCAGCCCUGCCUGCUGAUUUAAAUACUUCCCUCAGCGAUCAUUUGCACACAGAGAAGCAGAAACAGCUGAAACAAGGACAUUCCUGCAGCUCAACAUUUGACUUUUACGGCUUAAGAAUGGAACGAGGAUUGAUCCUGUUGGUUGCUGCACUGAUGGCUUAUGUGGCACCGGGUGUCCAAGGAACUGCUCAAUUGUCAUUUGCCAAUAAUACACAGGUGAACAUCACUCGGGCUGGUUGUAGAGUCAGCAAACUGUGUGUGGAGACACCAGCUGACUGUGAUCCUACUGGAAACAACAGCUGUCUGUUUGCGUCUGUGGUCGCCAGCACCCCAGUGGCUCCCAACGGCACUGAACUGUCCAUCGAACUCAGCGGAGCCUCCAAGGGAUACAUCGCACUGGGACUCACUGCGAAAGCUUCAGCGGGUACCACCAUGCUUUUCAUCUGUGCUCAAAACAGCUCCAACAAUGGGACGUUCCUCUUCCGGACAAAACAGAGAAACAACACUGAUGGUGUGCUCACUCCAACAGAGACGAGCGUGACAGAAAUCCGAGGCACGGUGAAAGGCAAUGUGAUCCAGUGCGAGUUCAACGUCCCUAACGUGAACGCCAGCAGGACCAGGACCAGCCCUGAUACCACCUUCUCCAUCCUCAUCGGGACUGGAACUUUUGAUGGAACUGAUUUUGGUCCCUUCAACAUCUCCCGGGACAGCGGUCCUCUGAACCUCGCCGACCCGACCAGCAACGCCACCACAACGGCACCUACGGGAUCCAGUGGAGCUGUCCACCCUCAAGCUGUGCUGCUCUUGCUGAGCGUCCUCACACUGUCCGUCAUGCUGAGAGCCUGAGAAGUCCAGGAGGAAGUUGUGGCCAGUUGAAUACAAUAAAGACGGCUGAUGCACAGAGAAAAAUUGAGUAUUACUAUAGUAAUACAAGCUAUACUUUUACUUUUUUAUUUUUUUUUAUUUUACUUGUUUAUACAAGUUAAAAACAAAUUAUAUUCAUAAGGAAUUUGGACUUCUUGUGUUAGUAAUCUAAUUAUUUAAUUUUCUGCAUAGGACUACAGGAAGUGUGUUGUUAUUCCAGUUUUGCACUAAAAUUUACAUCAUCAACCGACCCAUCUGGCGACACAAGGAGUGUCUGCAAAUGCACAUUUACAGACUUGGGCGUAACACAUUUGAGCCAUUUACCUGAACAUCCUGGAAAACUCCAACCAGGAUGGUUAUUAUCUUUUAAUAUUGACAUGUGAUUGUACUGUGAUAAUUGUUUAAAAGGGACAGCUAAAAAGGUUCAUGUAUUGUAAAUUAAUAAAAGUUGAAACCAUGA